AUGACUGUUGACUUCACACCACAUGGCGGUAAUAUCGUGAGCAAGAAUCUGCCUUCCAAUGGUUAUCACCAUAACUUUGUUAAAUUAGCAACAAUUAAAAAUAUCGCCGUUUCAAGUUGCAAUAUCGAUAUAAAUAUCGAAAAAAACUCUUGGCAUCUAGAUUUUUGUCUGAAACAAAGUGAAACGUUGACUGGGGUAUUACUAAAUCCAACAUGUCCUAACUUCGAAGAAAUUAUGUACUACGCUUCUGAAAACGUUCGAUUCGAUUCGAAGCACAAAUGGCUCAUUAUUGAAGACAACGUAAUUUUGUCAAAUGAUUCUACUUUUGUAAAUGGAAACGAAGAUUUUGAUAAACCUCUUUAUAAGGAAACAAAGUAUAUUGAUGAGAAUGAAGUGGUGUCAAUAGCAGUUCUCAAUAAUCUAAACUUGAGUGUCGACGCUGAUGUCACUGUGUCUGUAAAAAUAGAUAAUUCUUCGUAUGAAUUGUACGAGGUAUACAAUUUUGGAAAGACGCAUAACGGAACAUUUGUCAUUGAAAGAAUAGGUGAUUGGAAUAUCGAUAAAGGCCUGAACAUUUCAACGGCAUUUAAAUAUUAUAGGCGAUGGGAUUUCCGGCAGAUGGCCUUCGAAAUGGCAGUUGUAAUGACGCCGAUCCCACCAGUGUUCGAGCCGCAGAUGAUUCUUGGAAGUAUUACUGACCACAGGGUGUCAAAGAUAUCGCACACUGGUGCCACGGUCUUGCAUGAGAUCACUGGAAUUCAUAAUUUUAGAUACAAUUACACUGUAGUAGACCGAUGGGUUGGCGACUACGUCAAGGAACAUAAGGCAGCGACGAACGCACUGUAUUUCCGAGAGCAGGACAUAACACCAGUAUUGCGUCUAAUUCCUCAUCACUUUGACAGAUACGAUGUCGCGGCUCCAGCGGUCUCCUUUAUUGAGACGCGUUUUUACUACCGCAUCCCAUCUCAGGGCGUGGGAAAGUUCGAGAACCAGUUCCUCCGUCCCUUAUCACCUGCCACCUGGUGGUGUGUGAUAGGGGUGUGCGGUCUAUGCAGCUUUGUUUUGCUGCUGUCCGCUGUGGUAGAACAACGACCUAUCAACGUGUACUACUGGUAUUACUCCAUCUUCUCCGUACUGGCUCUGAUAUGUCAGCAAUUUUUUGAAGAGUUUGAAGAUUUACGACGAGUAUCGGAAGCCAGGAAAAUGACAAUUCUAGUAACCGGUCUCUCUUGCCUACUGAUCUACAACUACUAUACCAGCAGCGUCGUGAGCUGGCUGCUGAACGGUCCUCCACCUUCCAUCAACUCUCUGUGGGAACUGAUAGACAGUCCUCUUCAGCCGAUAUUCGAAGACGUUGGAUACACUUACUCUUGGUUACAGUUACCAGAUUAUUACUACAACAGAAAAAAGGCAACAGCAGAAGACGCGUUGAAAAGGAAAAUGAAUAAUUUGCUGAAGAAAGGAAAAACCGUAAUUGCGUCUAUGAACGAGGGCAUUGAGUUGGUUAGACAGGGAGGGUAUGCAUACCACGCAGACACGAAUGCGGCGAACGAAAGAAUAUCUCGAACGUUCGACCAGAGGGAGCUGUGUGAUCUGGAUUCCUUGCAUUCCAUGGAGCGUGUUUCGCUUUACUCUUGCUUGCAGAAGAACAGCCCGUACAAAGAAUUUUUUUGUUGGAGUUUAGCUCGUCUUCAAGAGAGAGGUGUUCUAAGCUGGGUGCAUGAGCGAACCUGGUCGCGUGAGGUGAAGUGUGAAGGCAGUUCUCCGAGAGCCUUGGCUUUGGGCGGAGCUGCUCCAGCUUUCAUUGUCUUGGCUGCUGGAUUUAUCCUGGGAACAGUUAUUAUGGUGCUUGAAAGGAUAUGGUGGAAGUACAGCGCCAAAAAUAGAAAACCUGUACCAAAAAGUGACAGCGAAGAAUGGUGGAGCACUUAGUCUAACUUACGCACUUACCUGUCUGUACUAAUUCACACUUUGUUUGGUAUUAGUUUUAGUUUUUAGAAAUAGUGUGAAGCGUGUUAAAUUUUGUAAUUUUAGAAAAUUACAUAGUUCCAAUUACAAAAUUAGUUUAAUACU